ACGAGUCACACAAAUAAACACAAUAAUGCGACGACGCGAGCUCGGUUUUAUUUUGGUCGUUCCCUUCGUAGUGCUACUUGUCGUUGCCGUGGUGCAGCAACCAAUCGAAGCAACCUGUCCCGUGCUCGGUUGCCCGGCGGAACCGGUGGAUUUGUUUGCAUCAGCAGGCGCUGAUUUGGUCCUAAGCUCAACGACAAUGGCUGGAAAACUGUUGGCCUGCGAUUUCGAGGUGUUUGGAAUUGUGCAAGGGGUAUUUUUUAGGAAGUACACCCAGAAGCAAGCCACCAGUUUGGGAUUGAAGGGAUGGUGCAUGAACACCCGGGACGGAACAGUCAAGGGCCAAAUGGAAGGAGAGGCGAAGCCGAUCAAUGAAAUGAAAUACUGGCUGCAAAAUAAGGGAAGUCCCACUAGUCGCAUCGACAAGGCUGUAUUUGGCGAGCUCAAAGAGAUUACCAAGUAUUCGUACAAUGAUUUCGGAAUCAAACGUUAAACGUGCUGUGUUGUUUGCCCCAAGGGAUGUUUGAAUAUUGAAUUUAGUUGUGUUCUGUGUGAUUUACUUUAUUUAUAUUUGAAAAAAAAAAAUGCCUCUAAUAAAUACCAAAUGAGUAGUCGAAAAUAAA